UGGCCAGGGUGGGCAGCAGAGCUUACAGUCAACAGGAAGUGGAUCAUGUCACCUGGGUAGAAGUAAAUGAAGGAAGUCUUUUGAGGUGAUUGCUGUAACAACCUACAGGAACCUGAACACAAUACCUAAGACAUGACCCUGACGGUCCUCACUCUGCUGCUACUGACAGUUUUGCCGCCUCCGUCGCUGUGCGCAGAAUGUGGAAGCCCCGUGGUCUCUAAUCGCAUUGUGGGCGGGGCAGAUGCUGCAGAAGGGGCGUGGCCUUGGCAGGCCAGUCUACGGUUUCAUGGCAGCCAUGUUUGUGGCGGGUCGCUGAUCUCCAGAAUGUCGGUUCUGACCGCUGCUCAUUGCUUCAAAUACUCAAAGAUUCCAUCUGACUACCGAGUCCACCUGGGGUCCUACCAGCAAUCUGUCUACAACUCGCAUGAGGUCACAUCUGAAGUGCGGACAAUCAUUAUUAACUCAACCUUCAGUGGAACAGGGACAGCCGGUGACAUUGCUCUGGUGAGACUAUCGAGUCCUCUCACCUUCACCAGCUUCAUCCAGCCAGUCUGUGUGCCCUCACCAUCUCUGAACUUCUCCUCUGGCAUGGAGUGCUGGGUGACUGGAUGGGGCACCACGGCCUCUGGAGUGAGCUUAUCACCCCCGAUGACCCUGCAGCAAGUGAUGACACCCUUUAUUAGCAGAGCUACCUGUGACCUGAUGUACCACGUGAGUUCCACAACAAGUAACAGCGUGUCCAUCAUCGCGUCUGACCAGGUCUGUGCUGGUUACCAAGGUGGACGCAAGGACUCCUGCCAGGGAGACUCCGGCGGACCCCUCGUGUGUAAAGUGCAGGAGGUCUGGUACCAAGCUGGCAUUGUGAGCUGGGGUAUGGGAUGUGCCCUCCCAAACCGACCAGGCGUUUACACGUUUGUGCCUUCUCAUAAGGCUUGGAUUGACCAAAAUGGAGCACAAGCUCUACUGCCUAGCCGCUCCCCAUCAUUUCUCGUUGCUGCAAUACUCAGCGCAACUUCCUUACUGAAUCUCUAACCUGACUGUAUCUGUCCAGGACUGGCGCAGAUUAAACGUGUAAAACAUAUCAAAAUUAUACAUUUCUGUAAAUACUGUAUAUUCACAAUAUUCGUGGCAGCAAAAAAUUGUGGCCCAGAUUUAUCAAGCCUUGGA